AUGGCAGGAACAGUCGCAGUUGGAAAUAAUGCAGACGAUAGUAUUCGCAUAUUGGUGGCCACGGACAACCACUUGGGCUACGCGGAGAAGGAUGCAGUGCGAGGCGAAGACAGUUUUACGACUUUUGAGGAAAUAUUAGAGCUGGCAGUGUCAGAGAAUGUGGAUAUGAUAUUGCUUGGCGGGGACCUAUUUCAUGAUUCAGUGCCUAGCCAAAAUGCGCUGUACAAAUGCUUCGAGUUGCUGAGGCGAUAUACUUUUGGAGAUAAAUCCGUAUCGUUGGAAAUAUUAAGUGAUCAAUCGCUUUCUUUUCACAGUGCACUCAAUCAUUCGGUAAACUACGAAGAUCCCUAUUUGAAAAUUUCCAUACCAGUAUUUUCUAUACACGGCAAUCAUGACGACCCGAGUGGCUUUGGCCGUUUGAGCUCCUUAGAUUUGCUUAGCACAACAGGUCUGAUUAACUAUUUUGGUCACUGGACAGAUCUUUCAAGAGUGGAGAUAAACCCCAUCUUGAUUCGUAAAGGCGAAACCAAGUUGGCACUCUAUGGGCUCAGUCACAUUCCUGAUGCACAGCUAGUGCGUAUGCUAGAGAAGUCUGAAAUCAACUUUAAUAAUGAUAAUCUGUCUGGAGAGGGGUGGUACCAAUUGAUGGUGGUACAUCAGAAUCGCGUAGAUCGUGGUGGUAGCAAGAAAUAUCUGCCCGAGGAUCGUCUACCCGACUUUGUGAAUAUGGUUAUCUGGGGACACGAGCACGAUUGCUACGUUGAUUUUAAGCAGAGCGCUUCUGGUCAUUUCAAAGUUUACCAGCCGGGGUCAUCGGUAGCCACGUCGCUCAUAAAGGGGGAGUCGAAAACAAAACACGUCGGUCUGUUGACAAUAAACAAACUAAAUGAGAGCCUGAAGCCGCUGCCACUACAAACUGUGCGUCCAUUCGUAUAUGAGUCAAUCGAUCUCGACGAUCUCGUCGAGAAAUUGCACCUAAAUGAAGGCGAUGCAGCGGAAAAGGUGUAUAACUUUGCCAUAAAGCGUGUAGAGGCCUUGAUUGAGAGGGCCAAAGGUCUGCUCACGGGUCAUCCAAAGCAGCCGACGAUUCCUCUGAUACGUCUCCGUCUCCGAUACACAGAUGAGACGCACAUGUUCAAUACUAUUCGUUUCGGUCAUCUCUUUGGCGCUCGUGUGGCUAAUGUCGCGGAUGUUGUGAGGUUUACGAGGCUUACCGAAAAUGAUACAGCAAAUGCUGCUGUGGAGUCUGGCAUGGAGGUGGAUGAUCUAACGACAUUAGAAGAUUUACUAGGUCGGUAUAUCGAGGAUAUACCGCUCACGCUUUUUCACUCCAAGGUAUUGAAGGAAGUUACUUUGCGCAUGGUGAAGCAUUCGGAUGGCCAUGAAGCUGGCCAGAUUUUCAAAUAUUACAGUGAUAAAGUAGUAGAGCACCUAAUGCAAAAGAUGCCUUCCCUUGAGAAUAUACAAGACGAAAUAGAGAAUUUUAGACGACGGUACAAGGCUGACGAUAUUCUUAAUGCAUUGAAUUCCCUUGGCACUAAGACACGAAAUAAACGUCCAGCUGUCAACCGCAGCGCUGUUCCGAAUGAUGCACUGACGACAUCUGGUGGCGAACCUUCUAGCAGAGGUGGACUAGCUGCUACUAAGCGAUUAAGGAUUUUCAAUUAA